CUAUUUUAAAUUAGAAUUUACUUGAAGAUAAAUCUUUGAAUUUCAGGAUGGUAUUCAGUGUUGAAACUGUUAAACAACUUGGAACUUGUCAAUGUCCUUCCAAGGAUUCUCCGGAUGAUAUGAUUUUAGGAAUUUGUUUGAAAAAGUUUGGGAUUCCAAUAACACACUCAAAAUUAUUUCAUCAGGCUAGGCCAAUGGAUUAUGCACCAGAAUAUCAUCAUCAUCCGCCAAUAAGUUUUCACAAACACUGGAUGAUAGAUCCUGAACAAGUCUACCAAGAAUGGUUGGCCGAUAGUGAUAUUCAGAGAGAUGAUGCUGCUCAUUCUGAGCUUUAAGCUCAAAAACAUUUGUGAUUUAGAAUAAUGUGCUAAAAUGUGCAUUUAAAAUAAAUUUAAAAAAUUUUUCUAAACAAAACAAGUUUUAACAUAAGAACUAAACUUUAUUUGUUGAUAAAUGGACUACAAAUGAUUUACAUCCUAAAGCUGCAACAGUGUUCAAACACAUUGACUAAUUUAGCCAAUAUGUUUUAAAUUACAAAAAGGCCCAAUAAGUAUUUUCUUCUCACUUUUCUAUAAACACGACUAUUUUGACAUUAGUAAACUGUCAAAGAAUUAAACUUCUUAAAAUAUCUAACGUUUUAGUAUAACCUGGUUUCCUUUGUGCAAUAAAUAUAUUGCCAUAGUGUCACUAACUGACACAUUGCCUCUCAUACUUGUGUAAAAUGUUAUGUAUCUAGCUUCUAAAAUUUCUGAGAAAAUGGACCUUUUUUUUACAUUUUCAUAUAAAGUCAAACUAUUCUUGCUGAUGAACAAAUAUAAUUUUAAACUACAAAAAGAAAAAAAACAACAA